AAACCAGAUCUCACUCUCUAGCUCAUUCUUCUCCUCACUCACUCCAAAAUGGCGAGUCGACUCGUUCUCGUGUUCACACUCAGCGCCCUGCUCCUCCUCUCCUCCCGCCCAGCUCUCUGCAAGGACGCCGCCGUCGACGACGACGACGAGGAUCUCAGCUUCCUCGAAGAGCCGACCGAGCAGCAGGGCCACGGCCAAGACGCCGCGCCGCACUAUCCAGAUCCGGACGAAUUCGACGCCGAUAACUACGACGACGCCGACGACUUCUCCGAUUUCGACGAGGGCGAUCAGGAGGCGUACAAGGAGCCCGAGGUCGACGAGAAGGACGUCGUCGUUUUGAAGGGGGCGAACUUCAGCGAGACGAUUAAGAAGAACAGGUUCGUCCUGGUUGAGUUCUACGCGCCGUGGUGCGGACACUGCCAGGCCUUGGCUCCGGAGUACGCGGCGGCCGCGACGGAGCUCAAGGGCGGAGAUGUAGUUUUGGCCAAAAUUGAUGCGACGGAGGAGAACGAGUUGUCUCAGGAGUAUGAUGUGCAGGGUUUCCCGACUAUCUUCUUCUUCAGCGACGGUGUUCACAAGCCUUAUACAGGGCAAAGGACCAAAGAGGCUAUUGUUACCUGGAUCAAGAAGAAGACGGGACCUGGUAUCUCUAACGUGACCACAGUGGAGGAUGCAGAGCGCAUUUUGACUUCUGAAACUAAAUUCGUUGUGGGAUUCCUCAACUCUUUGGUGGGUCCUGAGAGUGAUGAGCUUGCUGCUGCUUCAAGACUUGAGGAUGAUGUCAACUUCUACCAAACAGUGGAUCCAAAGGUGGCAAAACUUUUCCAUAUUGACUCUGAGGCCAAACGCCCAGCGGUGGUCCUGAUAAAGAAAGAGGAUGAGAAGCUGAGCUAUUUCGCCGGUAAAUUCGACAAGUCUGCAAUUGCGGAGUUUGUCUUUGCAAACAAGCUUCCUUUGGUUGUCACAUUUACUAGGGAGAAUGCCCCUUCCAUUUUUGAAAGUGAAAUAAAGAAACAGCUGUUGCUCUUUGCCACUUCAACCGACUCAAAGAAGGUUCUCCCAGAGUUUGUAGAGGCAGCAAAGUUAUUCAAAGGAAAGCUUAUCUUUGUAUUUGUGGAAACGGAUAACGAAGAUGUCGGAAAGCCAGUUUCAGAUUAUUUUGGUAUCACUGGUGAUGCUCCAACGGUUCUCGCAUACACCGGAAAUGAUGAUGCUAGGAAGUUUAUUCUUGAUAAAGAAGCAACCUUGGCUAACAUAAAGGCUUUUGGGGAGGACUUCCUUGAGGAUAAACUUAAAGCUUUCUAUAAGUCAGACCCGAUCCCGGAGACUAAUGAUGGAGAUGUGAAAAUAGUGGUUGGAAAUAACUUUGAUGAUAUUGUCUUGGAUGAGUCGAAGGAUGUUCUUCUCGAGAUUUAUGCACCCUGGUGCGGGCAUUGCCAAUCUCUGGAACCAACCUACAACAAGCUUGCCAAACAUCUACGAGGCAUUGAGUCUAUUGUUAUAGCCAAGAUGGACGGAACCACAAAUGAGCAUCCCAGGGCAAAGGCUGAUGGGUUCCCUACACUUCUAUUCUUCCCAGCUGGAAACAAGAGCUUUGAUCCUAUUACAGUAGAUGCUGACCGUACAGUGGUGGCGUUCUACAAGUUCCUCAAGAAACAUGCAUCAAUCCCUUUCAAGCUCCAAAAGCCAACUUCAACUACAAAAUCCGAGGAAUCUGAUGCUAACUUGAGCCAGGAGAGCAGCAAAAACGAUUUGAAGGAUGAAUUGUGAUGAUUUAGAUUUUUGUAUGCUAAAAUGUCUGUCUAAUAUGUGCCAUCAUCAUCAAUGUGGUAGAAAAAGAGAUAGUUUAUCAGAUAGAAGAAAUAUAGAGAGACCUGACGAGGGGGAAAAGAGAAUCUCAAACUGCAGUUUAAACCCCAUCCCAUGCCUGAAAAACAUUGGAACAGGGAGAGAUUAGGUGUUUCAGCUAAGCAAGUUUUUGUAUUCUAUAAUUUAAAGAACUCACGAUGAAAAUUUAAUAAGAUAUGCUUUUCUUGUUUUAGGGAUGUA